AUGACCGACAAGGAAACCCCCAACCCGCAAGCACUUGAAGCAUCGAAAGUGCAGCGAGUAAGGGAAAACCAGAGACGGUGCAGGACGCGCAAAAAGGAGUACAUCGCGUCCCUUGAAGCCCGUUUACGGGAGCUCGAGCAAAAGGGAGCUCAGGCAAGCAUCACGUUGCAGCAGCAGGCCCGGAGAGUCCUUGCGGAGAACCGUUCGUUGCGUUCGCUAUUGACGGAGAGCUUUCAUAUGUCCACUGAGGAUAUCGACGCCUACUUACGAGUCGGUGGAGGUGGUCAGCAAGGCUGUGAAAGUGUGCCAUCAGUGUCUGGAAGCCGUCAAGUAUACGCGCCUCCUGCUACUGCAGCGAUUUCUGAGGUCUCCGGUUGCUGUAAACGACAAGAAAGUGAACCGCUUGCUCCCUGUGGAACGACGUCCUCUCCCGAUGCGACUUUGCAUUCUUCGUCGAUUGACAUCUUGGAACGAGACGUUCAGCAAAGCUGUGAUCAAGGAUAUGCCUCCCCUGCACCUGCGCUGAUUUCUAUCCCCUUUGUCGCUCCCGAACCCGACCGUCACCCCCGACAGGUUACAGAUGAAGCUCCUGUUUUGUUUGACCCGACACUUGUGGUGACUUCGAACUGCUCAAUCGACGCGCCGACGCAGACAUCAUCCCAGGGCGAAGGCGCCAUUUCACUGGACACUCCCGCAGUCCUUCCUUACAACGACGUCCCGCUCAUUCCACAACAGCUCAUGGCCGACCAGCCUCCCGCCGAGGUUGUGAGCGACGAGGCCAUCAUGACAGUUAUGUGCUCUACGCCGUGGCCUUUUCCCCCCUCCCCUUCUAAAUCAUACACGUCAUGCACAUUCGCGUAUCAACUCCUCAGCGCGAUCAAUCAACGGCGGUUCAUGCCGAUGAACAUGCACGACGUGCUCAUAGAGUGGCUGUGGUACGGAUUCCGCGCGUCGGAUGACCCGGCGAGUCGGUGCUGUGUGGUGGAUGACGGGGUGUUGUAUUCGGUGGCGGUGAACCUUCUUCAGUGA